AUGGGAAGAAGUGUUCCUCGUGUUCCCCGUGUUCCCCGUCCCCACCUGAUCCUGCUGUUCCUGUUCCUAUCAGUGAUCUUCAGCUCUGCUGAUGAAUCUUCAGUUCAGGAUCUGAUCGGUGCUGUAGGAGACUCUGUUACAUUCCCCAUCAGUGUCCCUGUUUCUGGUUAUAUAAAUUAUAAAGGUGACAUAGUUGGACUGGUGUUGAAUAAACAGAGUGACACAGAGCUGAGUGAGAAGUUUGUGAAUCGUCUUCAGUGGGUCAGUCAGAGUGGGUUCUUCACUCUCUCAGACCUGAGAACAGAUGAUUCAGGACUUUACACAGUGGAGAGCACUAAAGAGCAGAAGGGAAAACAGGAUUAUCAGUUGGAGGUGUACGAGAGAGUUUCAGCUCCUCAGGUGAUGAACUCAGCCUCCAAUACUUCAGAGUUCUGUUCAUUCCUGUGUUCUGUGAGGAACGUCAGAGGACUGAAGCUGUCUUUAUAUGAAGACGGUAUUUUAUUAAACCAGACCAGCAGCAGCGACACAUCCGACAUCACACUGAAUCUUCAUCUAGAAAUAAAGAAGACGAACAAUUGCACCUUCAGCUGUGUGGCUUCCAACCCAGUCAGUGACAAGACAACCACAAUCAUCACACACUCCUGCUCUCUGAACACAGGUACGAGACGAGACUGCAAAAUACACAACACUGUCUGUUAUGAGGUCAUUAAUGUGAUCAGUAAAUAUUAA